GCUGGAAAGCUUAUCCAUGCUGCGAUCUGAUGGGCUCGUUGAAAUCAGUAACAUGUGACUGACACCACAGCGCUAUUAGCGAGCGGGACAAACACGAACAAUGGCACAACCACUUGACACGCUUGUUUGGGCGCCGCAUGAAGCUUUCCACCGCAAGUUACAGAGUGGAAGUUUUACGAAGGCUGCAUUAGAUGAACACUUUGAUUGGCUGCUGUAUGGCACACACAAGUUUAAGCCUUCCAAUGACGCCUCCCGGAAGCAAAUACUGGAGCACCUUAAGCUGGAGAGUAAGGGGAAGUCCUUUGUCUACACCGCCAAGCACCGGCCUCUGGCGCUGCGGGCAGCCAGGUUGCUGGAUCUGGAUGAGAUUCAAGCGAUGCUCUUGUUUAAGCGCUGGCUAAAGGACAAUGAACCCGACUUGAAACCCGACGACCUGCCGGAGAAUGAUCCGAUGGCAAUCAAUGACAUGCUCCUGCAGGUGCUGCGGUACUACCACUGGGAGCGCAUUGCGCUGCUCAAGUGCGUCCAGGUGGCAAUGCUGAAGGCCGGCGAGCCGGACGAGGCGGGUCAGGCCCUGUCCGACCUGCUCUCCCGCCUCGUCAAGUCGGGCCUGGAGGAGCAGCUGCAGUCCAGGCUGCGGGAGAACCUGGAGGGCGGCUCAGCAGCCAUCACACGCCGCCUCAAAGCCAAUGACGGAACAGCAGCAGCAGCCUCCUCAGCAGCAGCAGCAGCAGGGUCAGCAGCAGCAGGG